AUGAGUAGCGGAAACAAGAACGUAUCGCGUAAGUCGCGGCACACUCGCCAACCGUCGAACCGCAUCCCAGCCGUAUCCGACUACGAAUCCGACGCCGCAGCCAUGCAGUCAACACACGACUAUGCGCCGCCGCCACCCACACGUACGAAUACAGAGCUGAACCUGUCGGUCCUACAGCGCUACAUUCCGUCGGUAGCUACUAUCCUCAAAGUCGCCGCCAACGCUGUCCUCUAUACGUUUGACGCGACGGGCCAGCGCUGGGACAAGUCGGGUGUCGAGGGCACCAUGUUUGUCUGCCUGCAGAACCCGUUACUAGAGGACCCGCAGCGACAUCCCCGCGGCUGCGUCUUCGUUCUCAACCGGAGAGGGCUAGGGAAUGUCAUGAUCGAACUCAACACUGUCGACCACACCGAGACCAUGGGCGAACUCUUUAUCAUGCGCGUCGACGCCGACGUCCCGGGUCUGCCUGGAAAGGUCGUCGGCCUGUGGGUUCACAACGACAAGGCCAGUACCCGGCAGGAGAUUAAUUCCACGAUAACGGAAACUUGGAAAAUGGUCCGGUCCUUCGGGCAGCCACAAGUACCAUCGGGGGAGUAUGGUCCGGCUAUGCAGGCCAUCGGAGGCGGCGUCAUCAGCCUCGACGAUCUUUUCAGGAGCCAGGCUAGUGCCAACGCAGGCCACUGA